ACUCGGCGGGACGGCCAACAAAACAACGCAUGUUUCCUGUAGUUAUGAGAUAAGCGCCUGAUGUUUUUUGUUGUGUUUAUGCCGUGGAGAGCUAUAUUAACCCGGACUUGAGUCAUUUCAAACCAAAUCCUCAACCGUCCAGUACAGGUAGAGCUACAUGCAGUGAAUGAGAAACUACCUAAGUCGCGAUUGUGAACACGACUUAAAUUCUUCAUGUGUGUAAUAAGCUUACUUGUUCGAUUUUUAAGGAAUUUUUCAUACGUUUAAAUACCAUUGGACUGAUGUAUCAUAGAGGAAAAACCAUCAAAUAUUCAUAACAAUCAUCGCAGUUGACCACGAGUAUAUAUUCUGUGUUUCAAAUUGUGAUGACAGAAUUUACUAGGAUUCUGCCUCCAUAUUUUUGGACUUCAUACAGUGUUACAUUAUUUGUGAAUUUGAACUAUUUUUUAUUUUGUUGACUUGAAUUGUGAUCUCGGUGUAGAAUGAAAACAGGCCACCAAUAUAUCAUGGGCCUGACUAAACUCGACGUGUACCCUAAAAUGGAAUUGUUGGAUUUCCCAGAUGCGACUGUGUCGUACUCGAACCUUCAGAACCGGAGACCUAUUUCUAACACAUGUUACGUUAUAUCCGAGGAGACAGAAAACGACAAUGGGUCUAAUGGUGAUAUAAACAUUUCAAAUUGUGACACCGUGUUGGUCAGUCAUGAUAAACACCACAGAUCAUGUGGCGACAACACGAACAAUAACUGCGCCCACGUCAACCAGAAUUCCUACGAUUCCAGCCCUCUGAGACUCACGCGCCUGCCGGAAUUUAACAACCCGCCUGCUCACUCGCCCUCGUUUUCUCCAUCGACAGACGUCUCGUUUAAAGACUUCAACCCGGAGUCGAACCAUAACUCCGCCGAGAUCAAAUCCGGUUCUCUGGUCUUGAUAGAGAAAGCCGGUCUCACCAAAUCACGUGACAAUACUCCUGGGAGUCCAGAACCCGCUCUGCGAUGCCCGGUGAUUGUAAAAAUAUACCAGAAAAGUUUUCACCGUUUCGCUACCAUAGCCCACACCAGACGACACAGCUCGUGGCCCACGCUGUACCUUAAACUAAAGAACACACGGGUGAGUUAUUCACCCGCCAACCCGGCUCAUUUCUCCCUGGUUGUCGACGGGGCUGAGGGCAGAACUUUCCAAUUCGAGGCCAACAGCCCGGAGACGGCACGUGACUGGGUCCACGCCUUCUCGUGCGACACGCUCCAGAAGACGACACACUGCCACAGACAGCUGAGCAACAUACGUCACAUCCUGUCUAGCUUGCCCGAGUCCUGCAUCGAAAAUGUCAUAUCCUCCCCACGACAGAUUCGGAAUGUUCCAGAGAAACUGUCCAGACCAGUCCUGCAAAUGGCGGCGCUUCCGGAAUGUGCAGACGAGGAUAGUCAGUGGUGAAGGGAGAAACAUCUGUACUCACAUCUGCACUAAGACAUUACCGUAAAACUUUCAAUGGCUGGUUACACAAAAUGCCAUAAAGACAUUACCGUAAAACUUUCAACGGUUGGCGACACAAAAUGCCAUAAAGACAUUACCGUAAAACUUUCAAUGAUAGGCUACAUGCACCUGCCAUAAAGACAUUACCGUAAACCUUUCAAUAAUGUAACCUAUCUCAUGUUAUUGUACAUAGCCUUUGAUCUGAAGAACCGGGUAUUCAUAUUGUCAAUAUGAUUUAUUGUACGUUUUAUUUGUCACGUUAACUGUAAAACCUGAGACAAAUAAUACAUCUAUAUUUAGAACCUGCUUCGCCUGUAAUGUAUAUAGGCACCUUAAUCUCAUCACCUUAAUUAAAUUUAAACGGAACCUAAAACACAGCUCUAUUCCUGUCUCGGGUUUUAGCAGGGAAAUACCGUUAAUAUUUAUCUAUCUGUAUUGAUUUAAUGCAUUCAGUUCACAGAGGACUAGUCCCGUUUUAGCGUAGAAAUUACCCUUUGUAUGACUCAGGAACAAAAGCGGCUUAUUGUUACUAUAAAUAACUAGCUAGUCACUGGUACAUAUGGUCCAGCUAUAUAUUUUCUCUGACUGAAUUAGUCACUGUAAUCAAACUUUGUGGGGAUCUUCUGAUAGACAAGACAGUCUUGUUAUAGUUGUCUUGACUGAGACACAAGGGGUUUCAAGUGGUGACACACUAAAAUCACCAGAGGUGUCCUGUGUUCACACCAUCAACACACCAUGCCCA